AGGACCUCAACUUAGCAGAGCAGUUGCCUUGAAUACAAUACUAUUAUCAUUCCCAGAACUAUCUCUUCUUAAUCAUUUGAGCUAUUAUAAAAAAUGCCACCUUCGAAACAGGAGUUUACUGAAGUUGAGUUACCGUAUUCCAUUCAUUCCUGGUCGUCAUAUUCUGCCGACUAUCAUCCUAAAAAUAUAUUGAUUGACAAUCCAAGCGAACAGUCGUCUCGGUGGUCUAGUGAAGAAAAUAAUCUCUUGCAAUUUAUACUGCUACGACUUGAGCAAGUUUCUUUGAUCCGUCGCAUUACUUUUGGAAAAUACUUUAAAGCACACAUAUGCAAUCUGAAAGAAUUUAAAAUAUACGGUGGGCUGGCUAUUGAACACAUGAUGGAGCUUUUCCAUGGAGGCCUUAAUAAUGAUGAAAAAAAAGAGCAUUUUUCAAUAACUUGUAAAUAUAAAGAACUGGAAGUUCCCUGCAAAUUCAUUAAGAUAGUUCCUAUACUUGCGUGGGGCUCGAACUUCAACUUCAGCAUUUGGUAUUGUACUGAUGUGUGUUUUUUGAAGUUUUUUUAGUGAAGC